UCACAUUCGGGACGCUUCAGGCGACAAAUAGUCUACGACUUAGAUCAAAUUAUUCUUAUAAAUCUGAAAAGCAGGACUCGUCAAGGUGCUGCUCCACGUUCAUUCAAAUUGAUGAUCGGUGAUGAGACUCGUGUUUUUCAAGCACAGUCCUCCUCUGACAAGGAGGCCUGGAUGGCACAGAUAGAGAAUAGUAGACAGCAGAAUCGAAAGCGCCGUCUCCGCAUUAGCCAUCCAUCCGCGCCAGGCGGGAAAGAGCGCAGGAAACUUCGCUCAGGUACCGGAGAAGCUGGCGAUACGCUUAUCCGCAUAGCAAAGGGGGCUUUUGCUCUGCGCAUGCCUGGAGCAAAGCGACUAAUGGAAACCAGUGGUAACGCAGCGAAAGCAGAUGAACUGUGCGAUGGUGAAGAGGAAGAAGAUGAGACCGAUGCGACUGCCGGAGAGGACUUGGUAGACGAUAUAGACGUUAAUAUGCCUCAGUGGUCCGAUCUCGUUUUCGCAACUUGUUGGUGUUGUCAGGGCGACCUAGUUGGAUACACCUUGUCUGAAGUCCUCUGCUAUAUUAUUUAUCAUAAGUCUCAGCGUUGGAUCAUGGGCUUGGUACAUUUGCAGACAUUUCGCAGGCAUCGUCAGUGA